CUCUACUACACUACUACUACUACUCCAUUCGUCCUUCCUCUCUCUCUCUCCUCUCAUCUCCUCCUUCCUCUUUUCUUUGCUUGACAACAACAACGUCUCGCACACAUUCUUCUUCUUAUCCUUCUCUUCGUCUUCUUCCUCCCCCUCCCCCACCUUUUAAUCACCCCGCGCGCUCGCCGGUCCGUGCUUUCACCACAGCGCGCCUCGUCCUGCCCACUUGUGUGCCCCUACUUUGCCUGCCUUGACCACCCACUGCCGCAGUGCACCUAGCCACCAUUUCGUCCCCUUCGCGUUCUCCCAGCAUGUCCAAGCCGUUUGUCCCGACGCCGAGCCUCUCUCGGUCCGGCUCACCACCCCUCAACCGCACCGCGUCGAGCUCGAGCAUGUACGGCAACACCAACGCCACUGAGCGCCGCGGCGAUGAGGACAAGGAGGCCUUCCUCGCCAACCUCGGCGGUGCGAGGGGGCCCUCAUCGCCACAGUACGAGGCAAAGGUCGCCGAGACGACCACGCCAACAGGCAAGGAGCAGAUUCUGCCCAUUCUCAACUACUGCGCCGCGUCGAUCAUGAUGACGGUUGUCAACAAGUAUGUCGUGUCUGGAGCAAACUUCGACAUGACUUUCCUCCUCCUCGCUAUCCAGUCGACGGUCUGUGUCCUCGCCGUCGUCACGGUCAAGCGUAUGGGUCUGAUUACUUUCCGUGACUUUGAUGUCAAGGACGCAAAGGCAUGGUGGCCCAUCUCGGCUCUUCUCGUUGCCGUCAUCUACACUGGCUCCAAGUCUCUGCAAUUCCUCUCCAUCCCCGUUAUCUUCAAGAACCUGACCAUCAUCCUCAUUGCCUAUGGCGAGGUCUUCAUGUUCAGCGGUGUCGUCACCGGCCUCACCCUCUGCUCGUUCAGCUUGAUGGUCGGCUCUUCGGUCAUUGCCUACCUCACCGACGACGGUGGUGAUGCUGCCAAGGCCAGCAUUGGCGGCUUCAACGUUGGUUACCUCUGGAUGGCCGCCAACUGCCUGUUCUCGGCCGCCUACGUCCUCUUCAUGCGCAAGCGCAUCAAGGUCACUGGCUUCAAGGACUGGGACUCGAUGUUCUACAACAACCUCCUGUCCAUCCCCUUCCUCGUCAUCUCGUCCCUCCUCUUUGAGAACUGGGGUGUCGAGUCCCUGUCGAAAAACUUCCCCGCCGACAACCGUGCCGUCCUCCUUUCCGCCAUCACGUUCUCCGGUGCCGCCGCUGUCUUCAUCUCGUACAGCACGGCCUGGUGUGUCCGUAUCUGCGGUUCGACCACCUACUCGAUGGUCGGUGCCCUCAACAAGCUCCCUGUCGCCGCAUCAGGUAUGCUCUUCUUUGGCAACGCCGUCACUGUCGGCUCGGUCUCGGCUAUCCUGGUCGGUGGUGUGGCCGGUAUCGUCUACGCCGUUGCCAAGACCAACCAGGCCAGGAUUGAGGCCGCCAACAAGGCUCGCCAGGCCGCUAUCAAGGCGUAAGCGGGCGAGUUGUUUAACCACUGUAUCAUUAUGUGGUUUAGAGUGUGUCGGCCUGGCGUGGAGGACGGCACAUGGAGACAUUGUGCGGCACGGAGCGAUAUCUCACGCCCGACCUACCUCGGUACUCGCUGUACGUAGCUGCAAUAGAUUUUCCUUGCUUCGGACUUUCAAUGCACGUAUGUGUAUG